AUGUGCACAAUGCCAGCAACAACAGAUGCAUCCGGCUCCGCCGAUGCAUCAACUGACCUCAUCGCAGCAAGGAGCCUCUCCUGCCACCAAGGACACCGCUCCAGCUUGCGCAUAUUUAAACUUUUGAUUAGCUGCUGCCUCUUAGUGCUGUGCACUUACCCAAAUGCCUGGCCGUGGUCCAUCGGCCCCGGAUCAGGACCCUUCUCCGUCUCGGCCGACAGCAUCAAGGGCCGCGGCGAUGCCCACCGCCUGGGUGAGAUGGGCUCCCAGUCCCACACCUCCUUGUCCUCAUCCCUGCCGUCCUCCUGGCUCACCCAGAGCAAUAACCAUGCAAAUAUAUCCGAGUUACUGGACAAUCUGCUGCGCGGCUACGACAAUAGCAUACGUCCGGAUUUCGGUGGACCUCCAGCCACUAUAGAAGUGGACAUAAUGGUUCGCAGCAUGGGACCAAUAUCAGAGGUUGACAUGACGUACUCGAUGGACUGUUAUUUCCGCCAAUCCUGGGUGGAUAAACGUCUCGCAUUCGAGGGCGCCCAGGACACGCUGGCACUGAGCGUCUCGAUGUUGGCGCGGAUUUGGAAGCCGGAUACGUACUUUUACAACGGCAAGCAGAGCUAUUUGCACACGAUUACCACGCCAAAUAAGUUUGUGAGGAUCUAUCAGAACGGACGCGUGCUGUACUCCAGCCGGCUGACAAUUAAAGCCGGCUGCCCGAUGAAUCUGGCCGAUUUUCCAAUGGACAUACAAAAGUGUCCUCUGAAAUUCGGUUCAUUUGGCUACACAACGUCCGAUGUCAUCUACCGCUGGAACAAGGAGAGACCACCCGUCGCCAUUGCCGAGGACAUGAAGCUGUCCCAAUUCGAUUUGGUCGACUGUCCGGCUGGAAAUUUAACAGACAUUGUUUACAAGGCGGCUGCUCCAAGACCGCAACGUCGGCCAUUCAACAACAAGGAUCCACCGCGACCCACCAGCAAGGUAAUGACCACUUUUGCCGGUCCGGCCGCAAAGAAUCAGCAUGUCCGCGGCACGGGACUCAAACUGGACAAAGGAGCCUUCGGUACCGGAAGGGAUGCAACUGGUGGCUCGGGGUCGUCCACCGGUCUAAGUGGCACUAUUACCCUGGAAACUAAUCACCCGUCGGAGUACUCGAUGUUGAUGGUGAACUUCCACCUGCAGCGGCAUAUGGGCAACUUCCUGAUCCAGGUGUACGGUCCCUGCUGCCUGUUGGUGGUCCUCAGCUGGGUGUCCUUCUGGCUGAACCGCGAGGCCACUGCUGAUCGGGUUUCCCUCGGCAUUACUACCGUGCUGACGAUGACCUUCCUCGGACUGGAGGCUCGCACGGAUCUGCCCAAGGUGUCCUAUCCCACGGCCCUGGACUUUUUCGUGUUCCUCUCGUUUGGCUUCAUCUUCGCUACAAUCCUGCAGUUUGCCGUGGUGCACUACUACACCAAGUACGGAUCGGGGGAGUGCUAUUUCAUAAUCGAGGAGUUGGACUCGGAUUCCGCGGAAUCGGAGACGGAACCACUUACUUCGGAGUUUCGUGGUAGCACAGAGUCCAAGAUCUACGAGGUCAUUCCACUGUCCAUGUGCGCGAUUAGCAUGCCACCGCCUCCCACUCGACUGGGUAUGCUUACCUCCAGGAAUCGGAGGCCCAGGAAUAGGCGACAUGGCCUGUGGAGCAUGAAGCUUCUGGGUCUCUUCGACUGGCGGCGGAGAAGAAAGCCGCCCCGUGCCGACUCCGACGAGGAUGAGGAUGACGAGCAGACGCAGCUGAGGGCCAACGAGGCGCCGACCACGUCUGCGGCAGCUGCGGCAGCUGCGGCGGCACAAGCUGCUGCACAGGCUCCUCGGAUUAGUCCUCCAACUGGAGGUCGCCGCAGGAUGUCCUACUACCGACGCGAGGAGAUGGAGGCCCGAAGGAAGGGCAAACGAACGCCACAGUACAACUCCGUGUCCAAGAUCGAUCGCGCCUCGCGGAUCGUCUUCCCACUGCUAUUCAUCCUUAUCAACGUGUUCUACUGGUACGGCUAUUUGUCGAGGAGCUCAAGGAUUUUGGCCAACACGCCGGAUGCGAGCACCUGAUGUUACCUUUUAGCAAUUUAGACAGGGUCCUCGAAGAAAUCAUUAAGCGAUCGCCGGCAGCAAACUUACAACUAAAGCUGAUGGAAAACGAUGCACUUAAGGAAAUCCUUGCAGAUGCAUCGUUUAAAAUCAG